GUCGCGCUCGACCGCCCUCUCUCUCCGUGGGCGCUCCUCCAAGAUGGCGGUGACCGGGACCCUGUACACCUACCCGGAGAACUGGCGCGCCUUCAAGGCCCUCAUCGCCGCCCAGUACAGCGGUGCCAAGAUCCGCGUGCUCUCCAGCCCGCCGCACUUCCACUUCGGGCAGACCAACAAGACGCCCGAGUUCCUCAAGAAAUUCCCCUUGGGAAAGGUGCCGGCGUUCGAGGGYGACGACGGUUUCUGCGUCUUUGAGAGCAACGCCAUCGCCUACUAUGUGAGUAACGAGGAGCUCCGAGGCGCCACCACGGAGGCRGCCGCCGAGAUCGUGCAGUGGGUCAGCUUUGCCGACAGCGACAUCGUGCCCCCCGCCAGCACCUGGGUAUUCCCGACGUUGGGAAUCAUGCACUACAACAAGCAGGCCACGGAAUUUGCCAAGGAGGAAGUGAAGCGGGUCCUGGGCGUCCUGGAUUCCCACCUGAAGACGCAGACGUUCCUGGUGGGAGAGCGCGUCUCGCUCGCCGACAUCACCGUGGUCUGCACGCUCCUCUGGCUCUACAAGCAGGUGCUGGAGCCGGCGUUCCGGCAGCCCUUCGUCAACGUCAACCGCUGGUUCGUCACCUGCCUCAACCAGCCGCAGUUCAAGGCGGUGCUGGGCGACGUGAAGCUCUGCGAGAAGAUGGCGCAGUUCGACGCCAAGAAAUUCGCGGAGAACCAGCCCAAAAAAGACACCCCCAAGAAGGAGAAAGCUCCCAAGGAGGAGAAAAAGCAGGAAAAGAAGGAAGAGAAGAAGCYGGCGCCGGAGGAAGAGCUGGACGAGUGCGAGCAGGCCCUGGCCGCCGAGCCCAAAUCCAAGGAUCCUUUCGCCCACCUUCCCAAGAGCCCCUUCGUCCUGGACGAGUUCAAGCGCAAGUAUUCCAACGAGGACACGCUCUCCGUGGCGCUGCCGCACUUCUGGGAGCACUUCGACCGGGAGGGCUGGUCCAUCUGGUACGCGGAAUACCGCUUCCCGGAGGAGCUCAGCCAGACCUUCAUGAGCUGCAACCUCAUCACGGGGAUGUUCCAGCGUUUGGACAAGCUCCGUAAAAACGCCUUCGCCAGCGUCAUCCUCUUCGGAACCAACAACGACAGCAGCAUCUCCGGAGUGUGGGUGUUCCGCGGGCAGGAGCUGGCCUUCCCGCUGAGCCCCGACUGGCAGGUGGAUUACGAGUCCUACACCUGGCGCAAGCUGGACAGCGACAGCGACGAGUGCAARACGCUGGUCAAGGAAUAUUUCAUGUGGGAAGGAGAAUUCCAGCACGUGGGAAAACCCUUCAACCAGGGCAAGAUCUUCAAGUGAGGAGGAGGAGGAAGGCGCCCGGCGCCGCACGGACUCGCAGCRGGAAGGGGGACGGCGGGAGCCGCUCGCGCACGCGGGAAUGGGGCGGGAGCGGCGUGCCCCCCCACGGCAUUCCAACGGCAAAUAAACCCCCCGGGGGCCGGAGCUCGG